CAACAGCAAGAGCAACAAAUCAUCCUCAUCCUCAGCAACGUCGUUAUCACCAACAACAACAACAACAUAAUCAAUUAUGUCAUCUUCGUCUCCCCUAAUGCAAAGUUCUACGGCAAUUAACUGUUCUCAUAACAAUAGCAACAUGAGUACCAACACAACUACAACUACCGCCACUACAAGCACUUCGACUACCACCAGUAGAAAACAAUCAUUUAUAUUGAAUAAAAACGGCACAACUGCUGCGGUUGCAAGUCCCACAAUUGGUAUAUCGACAUUUGAUCCUAUAUCUGGACACACGGAUUAUACCCAUGAUAACAAUAUUAUCUCCUCACAAUGUUCUCCAUUAGGCUCCCCAAGACAAUUACCACAAGAUGAUUUUAGAAGUAAUAUAUUUAAUAACGUUAACGGGAUAUUCCUGUCAAACGACAGUAGAAGUAAUUCAAUAACUUCUUUGAAAGAACACUUGCAUAAUCAUCAUCAAAAUUCCAUCCACAAGCGAGCAUCUUCAGAUGUUGAAUUUGUUCCUCCUCAACAUAAACCAGAAUUGUUAUCACCUCGAUCAAAAUUUGCAACCACUACUCCAAAUACCCCUCAGCCUAAUAUAUUCAAUAGCUAUCCAUACAAGUCAUAUCAUUCAUCCCCAGUUAAGGAAACUAAUCGUGUACUUUUAGAAUAUGAUCCUAUAAAUAGAAGAAAAGUAUUGAAUACUUAUGAAAUUUUACGAGAAAUUGGUCGUGGUGAACAUGGGAAAGUUAAGUUGGCAAAAGAUUUAAUCAAUAAUGAUUAUGUGGCUAUAAAAAUUGUCAAUAGGAAAUCUAAAAAGGAAAGACCAUCACUUAGACUUCGGAAAGAGUCAAGACCGAGUCAUCACCUUAGUGAUUAUGAAUUGAAAAUUAAGCGAGAAAUCGCCAUUAUGAAAAAAUGUCGUCAUAAGCAUAUCGUCUCAUUGCGUGAAGUAUUGGAUGAUGUAAAUUCAUACAAGAUUUAUCUUGUUUUGGAAUAUAUGGAAAAGGGGGAAAUUAAAUGGAAAAGAUCUCCUACUGAUAAACCAACUGAAGAAAACGAAUCUGAUAUCCCAUGUUGUGGAAGUUUAAUUCAACAACCAUAUUUUGGCAAGGGAAAGAAGAGAUAUAGCCUUGAUGAAAAUGACUUAUUAUCCAAUGAAUUUUCUCCAAAUUUAACAUUCAAACAAGGAAGAAGAAUCUUCCGUGAUGUAUUACUUGGAUUAGAAUAUUUACAUUUGCAAGGAAUUGUUCAUCGUGAUAUCAAACCAGCAAACUUAUUAGUCUCAGCUGAAAAUAUUGUCAAGAUUAGUGAUUUUGGAGUAUCAUUUGCAUCAUCCUUAAGUGAAACUGAAGAAGGGCAUUUGGUCAAUGAAUUAGAUUUAGCUAAAACUGCAGGAACACCAGCUUUCUUUGCUCCAGAAUUAUGUCGAUUUGGCGAUAUAACAUCACCAGCUAGUUCAGCCUCAAGUUCUGUUUCCCUUGAUCAAUUUAAAACCCCAAAGAUUGAUUACAAAAUUGAUAUUUGGGCAUUGGGUGUGACAUUAUACUGCAUAUUAUUUGGAAGAGUUCCAUAUAAUGCUGAUUCAGAAUAUGAAUUGUUUCAAGUGAUUGUUAAUAACCCUUUGGAAUUCCCAGAAACCAAGGAAUCGUUUAAUUCACCAGGUCCAGUCACAGACGAAGAAUUUAAUUUGGCUAAAGAUUUGUUAUCUAAAUUAUUGGACAAGGAUAACACUACAAGAAUUGAUAUCAUUGAAAUCAAAGAACAUCCGUUUACUUUAAUGGACUUGGAAAAUGAUUUAGAAGGAUUGAGUGAAUUAUUCACCCUUAAUCAAACAUUACAAGAAGAAAAUCCUUUGAAUUUUAAUUUGGAAGAGCAUGAUAUCGUUCUGCAACAAGAAAUUGAAAAUGCCGUUAUUGGAAUUGGUACCAGAAUUAAACGGAAUCUAGUUAAAGCAAUUAGAGCGGGUGGCUGGAAAGAUCAAGAAAUUAGAAAUAAGUUUGCUGCAUUACAAUUGGAACAUUCAAAGAGCGGAUCAAGCGAAGAGUCAAGUGGUUGUUCAAAUUUUAAUUCUCAAACAAAAUUAAGCAAUUUACAAAAUAUAGAUAAUCACAAUCAUUCCAUGAUUUUAUCGGAAGGAUUACAAGUGACUGCUACUCCACCGCCCAUUCAAUUACAAUCAGGAUGGACAAAUUCAGUUUCUCGUGUUGCAUCCCAUGACCAACAUCCACCACAUGUCCCAUCGGCAUUAGCCCACCAAUUGCCAGUAUCGUCAUCAUCAUCAACGACUUCACAUAGCUUUUCAUCACCUUUUUCUUUUGCUGGCAUAAGAGAAGGAGAAAGAGUCACUGGUAGAAGUUUAUUACAAGAAAUGAUUGAAUCGCAUAGUAAUAGUUCAAGCAGAAGAGGGAGUAGUUCAGGCGGAGUACUUUCUGAAGCACCACAAAUUGAAACUAAAAGAAAUGUUGGGGGAGAUUUAUAUUUGAAGAAUCAAUCAGUUGUGGAAACAUUUAAAGGAAUCCAACAACAAGAUGAUAAACGAAGAAGGUCAAGUUUAUUCUCAUUGCAUUCCCAAAAUUCAUCUAAUAAUACCAAGAAUAAUUCUAUAUCUUCCACACAUGAAGAAUACUCAAGAAAUCACCCAUAUCAACAACAACAACAUCAUCAUCAUCAUCAUCCAAAUACGAAUAUUGCUGCUCCAAUCCCAGUUCCGGUGGCGAAUUUGAAAACUAAUAUGACAGGUAGUACUGCUAAUACUUCCAAUUAUAUGAACAACAAUGGUGGUUUACAUUCUGAAAUGAGUAGUAGACCAUCAUUAAAAGUUGGACCAAUUACAUUACCUUCUGUAUUUAAUACUAAGGAUGUUGCCACAAUUAUAGAUAUCGAUGAUAACCCUGAAUCUUCUGUAAUGUCACUUCCAUUAAGUGAGAGUUAUGCAUCAUUAGACAGUAUAAAUGAUGAAUAUUUGUCUAUGAAAUAUGAAGAGUUUACUAAUAGUAGGAACCUAAAUUGUCAAUCAGAAGCUCUACCAGUCAUAGUGGAAAAUGGCAAGAAGUUAAGAAAAUCAAGUUUUUCAGAAACUUAUUUGAAAGAGUUGGACCAAGAUUUAGAUAUUAAAGAAAUUAAUCAAAAGUUUAAAACUUUCAAUCUUGGAGACCUGAUGAAAUCAAACCAGGAUUUGGAGAAUAUUGAUAAGGACAAUACAAUUGCACCCAGGACAAAAAUUAGAUAUUCUUGGUCAUCCUCUUCUACUAGUAGUUCAUCCUCACAAGAUGAUGGAGCAAGUGGAUCUGAUGAAGAAUCUGAUGAAGAAAAUUUAACGUUGGCCUUUUCAUCCAAAGUCACUCCACUCAGACCAGGUUUGUUAUCUUUUAAUAAUCGAGCAAAAUCCCAUGAAUCAAAUUUACCUCGAUUAGUUCAUCAUCCAAGUCGAGAUUUACCAGCUGUGGUCUUUCAUGGAGCUUUGCCUGAAUUUGAAGAUGUACCUAUGGAUUUGAUGGAUGCAAGUGUUACUGCUGGCUCAUUAAUGAAACCAAGUGGAAGAUUAAUUCCACCUAGUGAGCCAUUAAAUCAAAACCGUUCUUUGGGUUCGAGUACUGGUUCACAAGCUACCUUAACUGCAGAAGGAAUACAGGCUGAUUCUUCGGUUGAAACUACAUUAAUUCCUGAAAAAAGUGAACUGAUGACUAAGAUAAAGCUUUUACAACUGCAACUUUCUAAGAAGAAUAUGCAACCAAGGAGGGGACUACGUGAGAACAUAUUUCAUAACCAAUUUAAUAAUCAUUAUAAGAAAGAUCCAAUCUAUUCACCAUUUCCAUCACGAUCUCAUCAUUUAGAUAAUGAUAAGAAGAGUAUGAAUAAAGAAGAAAUUAGACCAAAUUCAUAUAGGUCAAAUUCAGUUACAUUAGAAUUAUUACAACAUCAACGGCAUUUAUUUGAACAACAACAAAUUGAACAAUCUCAAGAAAAGUAGAUUACUUUGUAUGUGGUUUUUUAUGUUUGUAUUUUAGAAUUUUCUAUUCUUAUUUUGCAUUUAUUAUAUGAUACUUAUUAUAUAUUACAAGUGUAAGCUCGAUGUAGUGAGUCUGUCGUGAUUUCUAAUAAAGGUUAGCAUAUCCUGCAAAAACUGGUCACGUGAGUCUUGUUAAUUUAGGUUGCUAAUUACUGUUUAGCAAUUUCCAUUGUCACUUUCUUCUUGUUAUUUUGCUUUUUUACCAUCCAUCCUGCUUGAUUACGUGCUACCCACUCUGUCUUAUUCUCUAUGGCUUCUCUACUCCAAUGCUUAGUCUAUCUAUUGUUGGCUGGCACUUCUUUAGUGAGUCUAGAAAAUUGUGAAGAGCAACACCGAAUAUAGGCUUUCCCGCUUCCCCAUCAGUCUCGCGCAAAG